UCAACCAGGCGAGGCAACUGGCAGACAGUGCAAGAACUGCUGUCAUUGCUUCAGAAUUUUCUUCUCUUUCUGUCAUUCAGCAUCGUAUUUAACAACAUUCCUCCCAUUUUUGGGUUUUGAGGAUGUCAAGCAAGAAAUCAAAGAAGAAGAAACACAAAAAGGAGGAAAGAAUCUCAUCAAACUCUACACAUGAGGAUGAGAAGAAGGAGAGAGAAGCAAAGAGAUUCAGCAGCCCAAAAAGAAAACACAAACAUCAUCAUCGCCAUGUAAGUUCUGGCCAAGACAAAGCUAAAGAAAGGAGGGCCACCGACUCAACAUCAACAAGAGGAUUUGAAGGAAGAUUCAAGAAAACAGAAGUUAGAGACAGAAAGAGCAGAGAAGAAAGAUCCCGAGAAAGCCAAGCAACAGAGAAUUCCAGGCCAGUUUUCAAGUCACCUGUCACACAUGAGAAAGAGCAACUAAAUCCCAAAAGGAAGCAUGAAAAUGCAAGUCCCCAUAUCUCAGGGAGAAGCUCCAGCAGGCAUGCUGCAACAAACCAGCCUUCUUCAAAUGAGUUGGAGAAAAAGAGACGGGAGCUGGUGUCGAGGAGAUCCACAGCAGAGUAUCCCAGGUGGAUACCUGCAAAGGAUGAUUGUCCCUCUGAGAAACUCCAGGAGAAAAGGAGGAAGCUUGUGAAAAGGCCGUUGUCACCAGAGCUUCAUGCUGAACCCAAACGAAGAGACAUUAAAAAUAUGACCAAUGCUGCACAUGCAGAAUCUCAUUCUGAAGUUCAAAAGGAAAUGAGGAAGACAUUGGAGGCCAGGAGGUACAAGAAGAUCAACCGUAAUGUUGGUGCACAGAGUUCUCAUAACAACUCCAAAGAAGCUUUGCCAGUAGUGAAACAUGUAGACUCUGGAUCUAAACUGAAAUUACAAGAAGACAUUUCACCCAAGAAGCAAGAGCAUGUACACUUGGGUAAUGUACCUGAUGUAUUCUUAGGAGAAAAAAGGCCAUCCCUUGGUGGUCCCACAGUAAAUGUCAGUUUCAAGAUCCCAAAGAAGGCCAGUGCUGUUAAAGCUUGGACAAACACGGAUGUGUGUAAUGUGAAUUCUGCAGAUAGCAGGACUCAAAGUACCGCUCAGCCUUCUUUCCCUGGUUCCACUCCAUCUAAACACAAAUUUCUCAUCUCACAGCAGCAAGGACAGAGGCUUCAAGAGGUUUCUGCUCAAACCUCUCAUAAACCCACUGCUCUUAGCUCAUCACAUCUUUCAUCUAUAUCUCACCAAGUCCAGCAGGCACACGCUGACAAAACAAGAGAGGUGACAACGCCGAACAAUACUUCCUGCAAGGUUCAACAUGUAACUCCUCAGGAAGAGACCUUGGACUGCGACCAUGAGAUGGAGCUGGUGGAGGAGCUUCUUCUGGCACGCUCUGAGAGGCGACUACAGGUGAAGUUGGUGGAGAACUGUGGAGAGCUCACCUGCAUGGACAUUGACCCUCCAGAAGAGGGUGCCAGCACAAUGCUAAAGCAACAUAAACAUGGCCUGCUUAUUGUUCUGGAUACCAAUGUGCUGCUCAGCCACCUGGAGUUUGUGAAGAAGAUUAGGUCACAUGGUCUCGGUGGGCUGGGGUUCCCCACUUUGCUGAUCCCAUGGGUUGUGCUGCAGGAGUUGGACUAUCUAAAGAGUGGUAAACUCUCCAGCAAGGUGGAAGACAAAGCCAGACCUGCUGUCCACUACAUUUAUAGCUGCCUGAAAAAUCAGGAGCCCAGACUUGUGGGUCAGUCAAUGCAGCAGGCCUCCCAAGCUGUUGGUGGGCCUGGUGUUGUAAAUAAUGAUGACAGAGUGCUAGAGUGUUGUCUGCAGUACCAGGCUCUGUACCCAGAGGGAGCUCUAGUUCUUUGCACCAAUGAUAAGAACUUAUGCAGCAAGGCUCUGCUCAGUGGGGUGAAUGCCUUAAGUAAGGCAGACUUGGUACAAGAGGUGGAGGGAACCAGAUCUACACUUCUAAACUACAUCCAUGCUCAACCCGCUGUGCCGCCCCCAGCUCGACCUGUAGAGAAAGCCGAGGAGGAAGGAUCACAAAAGAAUAGACGCAGCGAUGCAGCAGAGGAACGACAGUUGAGUGAGUGUGUGUCUUUGCUGGAGUCCUGCCUCCAGGGUGCGCUGUCUGAAGUGCUGGAGGAAGAGAUGAAGGCAGCUUAUGGAGAACUGUGGACUGAGAUAGUGUAUGUGAAGCCUCCGUGGAAUCUGGAGGGGCUGCUCAAGUGUUUUAAGAAGCACUGGAUCGCUGUGUUCGGAAGCAUUAUUAAGAGGAGCCUGCUCAGCUGUGUGGAGAUGCUGAGUGACUGUCUCUGUUCAGACAGGUCCAUAGAGCACAGAUCUUUUCUCAGAGCUGUGAGAUUGGCUGCAGAGCUGCUGUUAGCACUGGCUGGCAGAUCUCCAUACAACGGUCAUGUAGCUCAAGCUCUCUCUACCAUUCAUAUGCUACAGCAAAGACUACAGUCUCCAGUAGAGGGUGAUGACACUGAUAAAGAGGACUCUCUGAUGGCAGAGAUAGAGGAGGAUGUAGCUCCGCCUCCUCGGACAUCCCAUCAGGAAGUUUGGGCAUUAUUUGAGAGCAUCUGGAACAACGUGUGUCAGAUUAGUUCAGCUUUGUUUACAGCACUCCACUACGCUCCAGGAACAACUGAGCCCAGCCGGCCAUCUACCUCACCCCAACCUCAAGAAGCCCUCUCCUGCCUGCAAAGGCUCUCCACUGCACUGAAACAGCUACUGGAGGCUCUUCAGAGGUACACACAUGCUAAAAAUCACACACAAUUGUGCAGUCCUAGAAGCAUCUAUUACCAUUCCAAUCAUAUUGCUGCUAUGGAGCCACGUUUCACUGCUAGGGACCUGUUUGAUUGCGUGUCUCAACAGGAAUACCGGGAGAAGCUGUGUGUGGGUGGAGCGCAGCUGUCUGCGCUAUAUGUGAAUCUGGAUCACUGUGCUGCUGCUCUGAGCUCUUGGCCCUGAUUUACCACCCGACUUUCCAUGUUUGGACCCAGCCAACUGUGUGCUUACUAUCAGACCAGACUCCUUUGGACCUAUCUGGUUUUGAUAGCAGAGUCAUAAUCUACUGGAACCAAAGGUGCAUCAACCUACUGAUCCUCUGUCCUUGUACCAACCUGUAGCAGAGUUAGUGUGUCAGUCACAUGAGCCUGACUUAUUAUGCAAAAGCAUCUAGGCAUCAAGGGCUAUCAGUCUAUAUAAACUGGAAUUCAAGAAGUUGGACUGUGUUCUAGUUCUUAUUUUGCAGUUAUAAUCAUUGAUAUAUAUUUUAAAUUGUAUUAAAUUAUUUGGACUAUUUAUUCACCAUACUUUAUAAGUAAUGUGACCCAUUUUGGGAAAAACUGUUUUAGUGAUGUUUAAAAAAUUGUUAUAGGUUUGUUGGUGCUUUUGGUGUUUUAUAUUGAAGAAUGUAAAAUUGCUAUAUGUUCAAUUUCUGUUGUGCCACUUAAAAGUCCUCCUGACGUUUGGGAGCUGUUGUGGUAACAGGUUAUUAUGUGUUCAGAGAGAAACUGAGGUAUUACUUCAAGACACUGUCUCACAUGACAUUCAGUGCUACGAUGCUCUCAAUAAGUAGUGAGUGCGACAGUGAGUCACCUGUUAAAAGCCAAUUUUCUUGGGCGUCAGUCUAGCCACACUUCUGGAAACGAUCCUGAAAUCCGCUAAUUUGUUCCAUGGUUCCAAGAAGGUACAUUUCGUCACCAAAUAAGUUAGUUACGACACUUACACUGUUUAGGUCUGAUAAGCUGCUGUAAUUUCCUAUUCUCGUCGUAAAUCUUAGUUCUGUCACUGCAUAUGAAAUACCAGCACCAACAUGAUCCUCAGUCAUUUAUGACAGAUUUUUUUAAUUAAUAUUCUCUGAUUUCAUGUGAAACAGUAUCUAUGCAUAAAAUGUUUAUUUGUAUUAAAGUGUGAAUAGUUCAAAAAUAAUAUAUAUUUUCCUUUAUAUAUAUUUGGAUUUUGAUUAAAACA